GAUGGCCUCGCGGCACAUGAUAGAGAGCUGCUAUGCCACUGGCAUCAUGUUGCUUACAAGGCCAUUGUCCAUCAGCGAGGGUCAGAGGAUCUUUGGCAGCAUGAAGUAAUUCACCUCGCCUUUGAUCACCCAGUUAUCUUGAACCUCGUACUGGCUAUAUCUUCGUUUGAACAAGCGCAUACUGCACAUCAAUCACAAAUAAACGCACCAGGACAUCGAAUACGACGGGAUAUAUACGCCUCUCUAGGAUUUAAGUAUUCUCAAGCCGCCGCAGGGAUGAUGAGACAUGCAGUAGCGAAAGCUAAUCUCAACAACGGCCCCAUGUGCCAUCUUGCCUCAGUUCUCAUGAUGAUUAACUCUUAUGCCCAAGGCUCACUAAAAGAACUUGUACGGGUAAAGGACGAGCCUCCCACCAUGCUGAGCGACAUACUCGUCACUUGCAGGCUCACGAGGGGCGUCAGGGCUAUUGCAGACGCUUAUGGCGUUAUACGGCCGGAUCGUCACGAGCUUAUACUCUAUGUCACUGAGGCUGAACCACCAGACCAUGGGCCUCUCGAUCCAGUCCUUGACAUCCUUAAUUCUUUGACAUUCCUAGAGCAAGAAGAGGAUCCACUCAUCAGACAAAUCUGUCAGGAUGCUCUGGAUCUAAUGAAGUGGUUGGUGAAAAAAGCGCAGACAUCAGAGUGGUGCCCGGCACAUAGAGCAUCGCUGCAAUGGAUUUGCUUAGUUGGGAAAGACUUCAUAAGGCUUGUUGAAGCCCAUGAGCCUGCGGCUCUCGUGUUGUUCUCGUAUGGCUGCUUCUUGGAUAAUGGUAAUAGUGGUAAUACCUUUGUAAUGAGAGGAUGGAAAGAGGGUGUUUGUGCUGAGAUUCGAGAUAUUGUUGGUUCAGAAUGGGCAAGGGCUAUGUUAUUGUAA